CUCUCUGCCAGCCCUGACCACCAGCCAAUCUACCUCUGAACUCACAUAUGAGAAAACGAAUAAAUACAUGUGAAGCCGAGGGGGAGAGGGGGCUUUUUUAUGGUAGCCUAGCUUACUUACUGCAACCAGAUACUGAAUGUACUGGAAAUGACAUUGAAGUGUUCUCAGAGUGAUCAACAAGACUCAGACCCCCAUUUGGAAAAUGACCAGGGGAGAUGGGAGGGCGUGUCUCCCCCAAGAAUGUGCCUCAGAAUCUGAGCUCUUUCUUGGGGGGCUCAAGGGUCUCUCUCCUGGCUCAGCCAGAGCAGUUCCUCAUACUGGAAUUCUUCAUAUACUUGUUUGAAAAUAGUAUUCUUCUGCUUAAAAAAAAAAUUUUUUAAACCGCUGGUGGUUUUAAAUGAAGCACCAAUUUUAAUACGAAUAUUAAAUGUGGUAAAUUUUAUUCUAUUAUAGUGAGUGCGGUCGAACACAAUUAACCCCUAACUGAUGGAUGUUGCUGGUCAAAGCAGAGUGUGUCUUUGAUGAUUCAGAAGGCACAGCAAUCUUCAGGGUCUCCUCUGGGAAAUUAUGCGUCAUCCCAGAAAUCGUUGGAGCUGUGCACGCUUUCUUGGUGUUUGAGUCCCAGAUACAAGAGGUCCCCUAUGCCUCUGCUGAACCCUUCAUGCCCUCCCAUGGAGACCCAGCUUGGAACACAGGGUGUGACAGACACAUGGCUAUCCACGGCCGUUUAGACGUCAUAGAGGAGACGGUGGAGAAGACGGUGGAACACCUGGAGGCAGAAGUGAAAGGCUUGCUGGGUCAGCUGGAGGAGCUGGCCUGGAACCUGCCCCCGGGGUCUUUCAGCCCCACGACCCCCGACCUCCUCGGAGACGAUGACUUUGGAGCACCGGAGCCAGAGCUGCCCGGCAACUGGAAAUGACACGCCCGUGGUGCAGCUUCUCUGGGCACAGAGUGGCACAUGGUGGCCUGCCUUCCUCAGCUUUGUGCACAAUAAAAGCUACUCCCUUGGG